UGUUUUUAUCAUCAUACACAUAUGGAUAAAAUUAGUCAAACAAAACUUCUAACAUAAAUGUGAAAGAUAAUAGAUAACUGAUCAAAAGUAUCUAAUAUUUUCGAAUACAAAGGCUGAGCAUUGUUUCACAGUUCAGUGAAUCGUAUCAAGAUGUUCGGCAGUACUCUAAUGCACCGAUUUUUGAAUCGUAACUAAACAGUGGGGGCCUAGAACUAACGAUUUUCCAUUAAUUGUUUGUGUAAAUUAUCCAUAGUUGUACCUGCUAUAAAUUUGAAAGGUUACUGCGAAUAAUUGCGGUACUUCGCCGAAAAUCUGGGAUCUAAAGUGAAGAAUGCGGUGAUCAAAUGUAUCAAAUGAAUGACAUAAACAUAAAUCAAACGGUGUUCGAUCGAUUUUUCCAAUGAUAAACAAAACGUAAAGCUGUGCAAAGAACUCCCCUGAUUGCCUUCUUUGUGAAAAGUAUUGCCUUUCGUGUUAUCGGUGUUUACUUUAUAAUACAUUGUGAAGUGUUUCAAUGAUGAAUUGUGCGUUUCCCAAGAAGUGGAAAACUAUGUAAAUUAGACACCUUUACUGUAAAGUGCGAUGGAAACUAGCAGAUAAUAGUGCAUUCGUAUUUAGUUAGCUAAAGCAGUAGAGAAUAGGCUUAAGGAUGUCGGUGCAGAUGACCCGGUACAAGCAGGCACAGUUUGCCGACGAGGACAGCAGCAGCAUCGGUUCGAUCCAAAUCAACGAAACCAGCCGGAGUCCGACGAUGCACAUUCGUUAUCACACGGCUAGAGGGACGUCGCUGUGGUACGCCAGGAGUAAACUGGAGAAGGUGCUCAUUCUAUUGGUACUCGUUUCCGCACUGACAAUCGUAGUGCUGAUUGGCAUACUGGCAACAGAAAGCACCAGGAUUCUACACGUGCAGCCACAUGUGGAUUCCAACAUCUACAAAGACGGAUACAGACCGACCGGCGGCCCUUCGAUGCCGUGCUUAAAUAAACACUGCAUAUUUGCGGCAAGCGAAAUACUGCACUCUAUCGACAGCUCGGUCAACCCGUGCGAUGAUUUCUACGGUUUCUCGUGCAACCAGUGGAUUAAGAAUAAUCCCAUCCCGGACGGUAAGUCUAUGUGGGGUACCUUCGGCAAGUUGGAACAGCAGAAUCAACUGGUGGUGAAAAAUGCUCUGGAACGACCCGAAACCGAGCUGAAAUCGAAGGCCGAGAAGAAAGCGAAACUCUACUAUCAAUCCUGCUUGGACGAAGAUGAGACCAUGGAAAAGCUGGGAGCUGAACCGCUGUUGAAACUCCUGAAGUCCAUCGGAGGCUGGAACGUAACGGCCAAUGCCAGUGGGUUUGAUGUUAGCAAGUGGUCGCUACAAAAAUCACUUCAAACUCUACAAAUCAAGUACAACAUGGGGGGACUGUUCGGAUGGGCCGUAGGCGAAGAUGAUCGAAACUCUAGUAAACACAUCAUUCAGAUUGACCAGGGUGGUCUCACGCUACCAUCACGGGACAACUAUCUGAACAAAACGGCUAAUGCGAAGAUAUUGACCGCAUAUCUGGACUACAUGACGAAAGUCGCUGUUUUGCUGGGGGCUGAUGAAGCUGAUGCCCGCCGGCAGAUGUCGGAUAUUGUUGAGUUUGAAACUAGACUGGCCAAUAUCACCACUCCGCAGGACAUGCGUAGAGACGAAGAGGAGAUGUACCACUUGAUGUCACUAACAACCUUGCAGGAAAAAGCACCCUUUAUAAUAUGGCGUGACCACUUCGAAGAGGCAUUCCGACUGGUUAAGAGGAAAAUCACAGAAAAGGAGAAAGUCGUAGUAUAUGCUCCGGAAUACCUGCAGAAGCUGAAUACACUAAUUCAGGAGUACAAUUCAACGGACGAGAAGAAAACCAUUUUAAACAACUAUCUGGUCUGGCAAACGGUUCGAACACUAACAGCCUGCCUGUCGAAGGCGUUUCGUGAUGCAUACAAAGGUCUUAGAAAGGCUUUGAUCGGUUCUGAUGGUGGAGAGGAACCCUGGCGGUACUGUGUUAGUGACACCACGAAUGUCCUAGGUUUUGCCAUUGGUGCUAUGUUUGUUCGAGAAGUCUUCCACGGCGAGUCGAAACCUCAGGCAGAGGAAAUGAUAAAUGAAGUUCGUACCGCUUUCAAGGACAACCUCAAUAACCUUGUCUGGAUGGACAAUGAAACUAGGCAGUUGGCAAACGAGAAGGCCGAUGCCAUUUCGGAUAUGAUCGGUUUCCCGGAUUAUAUAUUAAAUGCGGAGGAGUUAGAUAAAAAAUAUCAAGAUUUAAAUAUCGAUCCGAAGAUGUAUUUUGAAAACAACAUCAACUUCAAUAUUUACAGUUUGAAGAAAAAUUUGGAGAAACUUGACCAACCGGUUAACAAAACUCGCUGGGGAAUGACACCACCGACAGUCAAUGCUUAUUAUACACCAACAAAGAACCAAAUUGUGUUCCCUGCCGGUAUACUUCAGCUUCCCUUUUUCGAUAUGAAAAAUCCAAAAAGUUUAAAUUACGGAGCAAUGGGUGUUGUGAUGGGACACGAGUUAACGCACGCCUUUGACGAUCAAGGUCGAGAGUAUGACAAACAAGGUAAUCUGCAUCAAUGGUGGAACAAUAAAACGAUUGAACGCUUCAAGAAACAAACCGAGUGUUUCAACAAGCAGUACAGUACUUACAAGGUGAAUGGAAAAAAUCUAAAUGGAAAACAAACCAUGGGCGAGAACAUUGCUGACAAUGGUGGGCUGAAGGCAGCCUUUCACGCGUAUAUCAAAGCAGAGAAAUUCAGCAGCUCCGAAACGGACACUCUGCCACUUCCAGGACUGAAUAUGACUCACAGGCAGCUGUUCUUCAUAUCGUUUGCCCAAGUUUGGUGCUCGGCCGUUACAGACGAAACGACAACUCUUCAGAUCGAGAAAGAUCCACACUCUCCACCGAUGUAUCGAGUGAUUGGAUCGUUGUCGAAUCUGAAAGAAUUUGCCGACACUUUCAAGUGUCCAGUGGGCUCGAGAAUGAAUCCGGAACGGAAGUGUGAGGUGUGGUAAAAGACUGUUAGGAUAGCAAUCUUUGCUCGAAUAGUAUAAAUUCAAAGAGGAUGGAUUCCAAGAAGUGAACUAUUUUUAUUUAUGUACCUACAAUUUAGUUUCUACUGGAUGCGUACAAAGAGAUUUUGUUUUGCUCCUUCCGUUAAGCUUUAGUAGUAUUCUUUUUAAUGUAGAAAUCUAUCUGCGAUGCCAAAAGUCCAAAGAAUAAAUGUGAAUACGUAGUGUAGAUAUCUACCUACUCUUGCUGAAAAUAAACAUAAUCCCAUUAUAUUACCGACAUAGUAAUAAGAGAGAUCUUUAGCAGUGUUGGAACUACCGGUAAGCGUAUUGACAUUUUGCACAGUUACUAUAAAUGUGAUUCAAAUCAGAUCGUAUCGUGAUGUAGCGGGAGUGCCGUAUCCGAUGCGGAACGUUUAUUUAGUAGAAAACAGAAUAGUAGAUCUAACACAAAGAUGUAAUAAUAAAAAUACAGAUAAACAGAGAAUCAAAUUUUCUACAUAACAUUCAACUACUGUACCAUGGAGUCGCGUUUUAAAGUGUAUCUGAAAGACAUUCGGUUCCUUGCAAAAAUCAGGAAACAUUUUAUUAGUGAAAUUUAUUUAGUUCUAACAAUCGACAUGAUUAUAUGUUCAAUGAUGUACUGGCAACAUGCAAGUCGGAAGCACUGUUUAAUACGAUUUGAAGAUUAAUAAAUUUAAAAAAAUCUGUA